UGAAGCGGCGGCGGCGGCGGCGGCUUUGCCUCUGCCGGCUUCGCUCAGUGCUUUCCGCAGCCGGUGUGCGACCGCGGCGGCAGGUCGGGGGGGCUCCCUCUCUCGCUCCUCUCUCCGGCACACACGCAAACACACACACGCACAAACAUACACCAGACUCUGUUCAGCGUGGUCCUUCAUUUCCUCUCGCAAAGGAGAAGGAAAGGCAGGAGAGAGCGCGAAAGGCUGUGUGAAAGGAAGACAUUUCCAAAAGGAGGGUAUCGUUGCCAGCAUCCCCCAGUACAAGCAUCUGCAGCGAGAGGAGGACGAUCCUCGUCUUUCCAAAAAGCCUUCUCAAUGAGUGCCAAGCUCUCCAAGGAGUUGAGGCUGUCCCUGCCGCCUUGUCUCUUGAAUAGGACAUCUGGCUCUUCAAAUGCCAGUGGCACCUGCAUCACACAAAUGGGGCAGCUCUUCCAGUCUUUCUCUUCCACGUUUGUUCUAAUUGUUUUGGUCACCCUCAUUUUCUGCCUGAUUCUCCUCUCUCUCAUUACUUUCCACAUCCACAAAAGGAAGAUGAAGAAACGGAAAAUGCAGAAGGCUCAGGAGGAAUACGAACGUGACCACUGCACCAGCACUACCACCACCACCACCACCACCGAGGCAGUGGGUGAUCCUUGUGAAAUACCCGAAGGAAGAGAAUUGUCCAGGCUGGAAAGAAACACCCGGGAUUCUAGUGUCCAGUGUACGUCUGCCCCAGAACCUCAGAACACCCAUCCUGAAUUGUCAUGUUUGGACACAGAUACUCCAGGGCUUUUUCAAACAGUGGUAUUGUCUUGAUUUUAUUUAUUGAUUUUUGUGGGGACCUCACCAAAAGACAGUAUUUGGUACUUGUACAUAUUUCAACGGUUACUAUUAUAAUCUUGAAGGAAAAAAAAUCAAACAAUAUUAUUACUACUAUUAAUAAUGAAAGAACCAAUCAACACACCUGAAUUCAAACGCAUGACAAAUUGCAUUGCGUUUCUCAUUGACUUUUUCAAGGGGGAAGGAUGCACUUUUGUUUUGUUUGUUUAUUCCUUUCAGAGAAGACAAGAUAAAGCUGCACAGUGCUACCAAAUAUAAAAAUAACCUGCCCUAAAAGAAAUGGUGCAGGCAAUACAAUUGUGAUGUAUACGUAGAAGCAAUCCAGAUGAUACAGAAUAGCAAAAAUCUGUAUUUCCCUAACCUCCUUUAUUGGGAAUUACAUAGAAUGGUAUUUAAAGGACUGUUUUAGAUCAACCAACAAGAAUGGAAAAGGGAGGGAGAGCUGAAGGGGGUGGGGUGGGAUGGAACAGAAAGGGAGAGACUGCUUCCAAAUGAUGCAUCUGGAGUUUCAUAUCAGUAGCAUUGGAGGGUGGGACUGCCUUUUGCCCAAUUUGCAGUGCACCAAGAAUGAGAUGACCUUUCUGUAAGGGGUUCCCUAUCGGUAUUUGUUCUGUCUUCCUCUUUUUUCCAUUCUUCUUUUUAGAGAUUUUUUUUGUUUGAUUUUAAAAUAUCUGCCCAUGCUUAAGCGCAAAUAAGCCAAAAAUGACCUCCCGCCACCCAGUGCUUUCCUCCCUUCUUUUUUAAAAUUGUUAUUUCUCUCUCUCUCUCUGCAGUAUUACAUGCCCUGUGCCCUGCAAAGCUGCGAAUGCCAAACAGUUUAGCUAUGCUUCUAUAUCUAUAUCUAUCUAUGGGAGGGAAUGGGGUAGUUACUCCAAAAGAAUGUUUUGGGUUGUAUCUUUCUUUCUUUCUCUCUAGGCAUUUUAAAGUGUAAUAGGCUUUUUCUUAUAUUAAAUCUGGAGUAAGAUACCCUUUGUGGUGACCAAGA